UCAAAACAAUCUCGUGUUUGGAGUCGGUUCAUUGCGAUAAUUAUUGACUGAAAUGAUUGAGGAGCACGACGAACGCGAGACAAUAUGCGAUUCUGUGAAUUCAUUGGUGGAAGGAUGUCGCUUGCCGGUACGAAUGCACAGCACCGACGACUGGCCACUGGCCGAGAUAAUAAGCUUGAAGGAGAUGAGGGGCGCGAAAUUCUACUACGUUCAUUUCGUCGAUUUCAACAAACGGCUGGAUGGCUGGGUAACGGAGGACUGCCUGGACACCCGAAAGGUGCAGUACCCCAGGAAAGACGGGCUGGCGCCAGGCACAGGAGCAGCGACCCCAAAGAAGCAAGUGCCAAGCAGGCCCCCAAGCCCGGCAGUCAUCAACAGUGAGCCAGUCAACGGUUCAGCAGCAGUGCAAGCAGCGAUACAGCUCCAACAGAAGAAAUUAUCCAGAAAGAGAAAAGGGACAUUUCUUGAGAACGAAGACUCCCAGGAGGCGCCAGCCCCACCGCCACCUCCACCUCCGCCAGUGGCAGGUCAACCAACCACUGGUCCCAGACCCACAGGCUCCCUCGUGGCCCACCAUCACGACGAUGUCGUCACGAGAAUGAAGAAUAUAGAGCUCAUCGAGCUCGGCAGGCACAGGAUAAAGCCCUGGUAUUUCAGUCCGUACCCACAGGAGAUGGUCAACUUGCCAUGCAUAUACAUCUGUGAAUUUUGCCUCAAGUACAGAAAGAGUAGAAAAUGCCUGGAGCGACAUUUAGUGAAAUGCAAUCUGAGGCAUCCCCCUGGCAACGAGAUAUACCGAAAGGGCUCAAUUUCGUUCUUCGAAAUUGACGGGAGGAAGAACAAAAAUUAUGCCCAGAAUCUUUGUCUCCUUGCUAAACUAUUUCUGGACCACAAGACACUGUAUUACGACACUGAUCCAUUUUUAUUCUACGUCAUGACUGAUUUUGAUUCACGGGGCUUUCACAUCGUGGGCUAUUUCUCGAAGGAGAAAGAAUCCACUGAGGACUACAACGUCGCUUGUAUUCUCACACUGCCACCCUAUCAGAGGAAGGGGUAUGGGAAAUUGUUGAUUGAGUUCUCGUAUGAACUCUCCAAGUUCGAGGGGAAGACUGGAUCGCCAGAGAAACCACUCUCCGAUUUGGGGCUGUUGUCUUACAGGAGCUACUGGGCCCACACCAUAUUGGAUAUUUUACUGAACGUCAAGCCUCUGGUGGAGAAUGAAAAGGCACAGAUUACCAUUAACGAAAUUUGCGAGCUUACGUCCAUCAAGAAGGAAGACGUUAUAUCAACGUUGCAGAACUUAAAUCUCAUCAAUUAUUAUAAGGGGCAGUAUAUUGUGACGUUAAAUAGGGAUAUCAUUGAACAGCAUUCAGCUGCGAUGGAAAAGCGAUCAAUAAGAAUAGACCCAAAGUGUCUGCAUUGGACCCCAAAAGACUGGAGUGUCAGAGCCAAGUGGUGAAACAAAUAGUGGUACAGACCAUAAAAAUACAAGUGAUUGAGACAAAUAUUGGGUGGUGAUAAUGUACGUGUAAAGAGAGUUAACGGAGGAACAUUUUCUCGGUAAUGCAACCGAUUUGAUGGACACCAUCAAUUUUAUAUUAAAAUCCGGCUAGUCUGGCACUAACUACUGUUCCUCGGGAGUUGGGUCGUGUGUGUGAAAUCAUCCAGUUUAUUCACACCAACAAAAUCAUUCUUUCCUUCAGUUACACAUAACUUGUAAGAUUCUCACCAUCAUCAAUAAUUUGUACAAACUAAAGUUUAAAAGAAUGAAAGAAAUUGAC